UAUAUUCCUUUAGAACGAUUCACACGGUUUCACCGUGUAUUCCGAAUCACGAAAAUAGCGUGCGCUCGUGACGCGGGGAUAAACUGUUAGGCUAGGGCGCGAUGAUUGGUCCCGGUCGGUCAAGCGUAUUUUCGCGCGUAAAAUGUAAAUGGCGCCGUUCUGUGUUCCCGAGGCUGGCCAGUUUCCACAUCUCGUAGGUGUGCGUCUGGUGGAGAAAGAUGGUAACGGAGGAAAAAGGGGGAAAGAGAGAAGGGAGGCAGGGUUCAAAGAGCCGACAGUGGUUAAAGAGCCUUCUUCCUCUCUCCACCUCGACACGCACAAGUAGAAGGCGCAACCUUUCGAGCUACCCAGAAGAGUAUCAUCCUUCUACCUUUCUCCCUUGCUCACUGUUGGCUCGCUGUUGCUCUCGGCACCUUAGGUUCUCCUUAUCCUGCUGGCAGAGCAAAUUUAUUUCACGUUCCUGCCUUUUCUGGACCUUUCACAAUAUUUGGCCGUGCUUUGGCAUCCAGCACCGGUCGCGGCCGGGUACUGGUCACCAGAAGAUACGGCUUUGAGCCCUCGGUGAUGGAUGGUUCGCUUCUCCAACCCGCCACGAAUUGCUGCUUCUACUCCGUUGCCCAUCUCCCUUUCUCUCUCCACUCUGCUAUCCUCUUUCUUUAUCCCCCGAUCGUUCGUCUCGUUCUCUCCACUCGCCCCUUCGGUGGAUCUUCCUUCAUCUACGGAGGAUGCUAGACCGCCGCUGCCGGGGUCCAGGGCCGGUCAGUUCUAAGGUGUAUACACGUGAAGUCCCUUGUCGAGAUCGGUCGAUCUACCUUGCGUCCAGAGUUUCGGCUCUUCUGGAUUUCGUCGUUCCUCCUCUGCAGCAUCGUUCGGUACUCUUCCAGUCAUCCGCGAGCAUCGAUACCGACGCGUAUACCCGGUGUCUCGAGUAUUUUCGUGAUCACGAGGAAGGAGAGGGACCGAUGUUCCUCGUUGAAUUGUUUCGUACGAAGAGAAAUGAAAGUUGAAACGGAUGAUGAUGAUGAUGAUGAAGAGAAUGAUCGGUCGAAGAAUGGUCCGUCUGUUGGGCUAUUGCAACAAGCCGUCCCUGAGUCCGAGGACCCGCAGCCCCGGCACCGUUCCACCGAGUUCGUGCAGGUAUAUAAAUUCUGGUGCUAUUAUUGGGGUUUGUGCCUUCUCACAGAGCCCUCUGGGGCCCGCGGCGGCCUCCUUUGAGCUACUCUUUCUACCUCUCUCCUUUUCUGCCUCGUCUCUCUUACGCCUCCACUGUUUCAACAGGCUCUCCCCUACCUUCAUCCUCGCUGUCUUAUCCUGCCACACUACCACCGUCUCCUUGUCUUUCCUGCUCCUUUCGCCUCCACCUCUUCCUCACCCUUUAACUCUCGCCCGUCCUCCCUUUUCCUCCCAUUCUCCACCUCGACGUGGAUCCUACACCGCCCCUGACUUGUUUGUUUUCCCUCGCGUCGUCUUCCGUUUGCUAAACGCACCUUAAAUUACGCGGCCGAUGAUAAAUAUUUGAGCCGUCCAUUACGCGAAAGGGCCACUCGGACCUCUGUCCGACCGGUGUUACCUUCUUCAGCCGACGUAGGUUCCACCGUUGGAUCGUGUUACUUUGUAAAAGGGACACCCUGGCCUGCGAUGCUGCUCCUUGAGGUGCAAUGGUGGCGUCGCGCGGCAUCCUAUCCCAUUGUUUUUUCAGAAAUAGAGGCAAUAGUUAUUGCAAUCAUUAGGACCCUAUAGAAACUUAACGGAUAUAGGGAUAUUGGGGUUUCUGUGAUAGGGAAUAUUUAAGAUUCACGUUUACUUUGAGGAUAAUUAGACUUUAAUUAAAGAAAAUUACAAACAGUAGCGUUACAAGUAACUAUAACUAUCGAAUGAUGCAAAUUGAUUCUUAUUUCCUUAAUUUAACGUAUUUUGCAAGUUUUGAGGUUAAGUUCCAUCAUGGCGGCCGACGGCACGGCAACGCCGCGCUAUUACUCGCACCUCGAAUUUUAUUUCCGCUACGAGCGAGCACAACCGCCACAAAAGUCCAAGUGCCUCGUAACAGGAUUAUGAAAUGUUCCGGAGUAGCGUUCCACGGAUGUUUACAGCUCGCAAAUACUCGUCGCCUUUUAUUACCGGCGAGUUUCAGCGAUUCUGGCAUCGGCGCUUCGUUAACGAGCGACGUUUUAUACUUUCUGUUCCGAUCGUAAUUCUCUGCCCUUCGUGUACCACGAUACGCGAAACUUAACCAUUGUUUUUCCACUUUCAAACUUUUCCUUUCUUUCGGGAAUCCUGUAGAUGUCGACGCGUGUUACGUACCAUCCGGAACGCUACUCGAAUUGUCAACACGGUUUGUUUGGCGAACGGUCUUUAUCUACGUGGGUUAGACUAAUCUCUAGUAUGGCUCUCGUCUUUGCCUCCGCUUGCUUGGUUAUUUUGAAAGCCGAUAUUGUUGCGCGUUCUUUAAUAUUGUAGCUAUUGAAGCUGUUCUUAAUGAAGGCAUUCGAGCACGUACUUAAUUUAAUCCUAUUCUUAUUACUUAACUCUUUGAGGCACGGAAUUUUAGACAAUAAAGAAACCCAUGUUGCAGAAAAAUUUUAUUCUUAUAAAAUUGAACAAAUUAAAAAAAACCAUUUAAUUAAUUAAUUAAUGGGUGGGAUAUAAACAUCUACAUCGUGGAUCUAUGAAUGGUAUUGAUUGAAAUAGGUGGAUACAAUUUUAAUAUUUCGAGGUGGUAUAAAAAUCACUCCACCACGUGUAUUUAGGUAUCGAAAAGAUUUUGAUAAAGUUGUAAUUUUGAAGUAUGAGAUCGUAUCGUGUAACAGUUGCGAUGUAUUACACAAAGUGUUAUUUCCUCGUAAAGAUAAGAACCUUCGUAUUCAGGUUGAAAAAAUAGAAGAAAAAUGCGGAACAUCUGUGAAUGACUUUCUCGUUUCAUUCAGUACCACUGUUACAUAAAUAUUAGCAAUCAAUGGAAACUGGAACGGUGAAACGAUCUUGUUCGCGCGAAGAAAGGCUUUUUCUCGUUUCAAGUACAAUGCGGCUCGCUGGCGGAAUUUCAAGGAGCCCCAUUUUGUUUAUACCAUGUAAAUUCAGACGUGUCAUUGAUAGAUUGCCGUUGGCCCACGGAGUGGGGGCGGCCGGGCCGCUUAUUCACAAAAGAUGUUUAUUAUCGGUAAACUCGGAACAGUUUGGUAGACAGUGGGCUCGUCCCUUCCCGCCUUGUCCUUCGGUAGACUUGGACUUUCGUAUCAGUUGGCUCAUAGCUGUGGCUGGUGACGUUUCAUCGCUUGCCACCGCUCGCGUCGCGUACCUCGCCUUCAAAUUUCUAACCACGCGCGUAUCUUUUAUUAUCGCGAUCGCGCCAGGUGUAGCAGUAUUACCUGGAUAAACGUAGCGCCACGGUUUAACCCCGAUAUCGCGUCGCGAGAAUCGGUCUGUAAGCUUUGCUCCAAUUCCUUACUCUAUAAGUGAUACCGUCGAGAGUUCGUUUUUAAAAAAGACAUCAGUGGGUUAGUGCUGCUAAAGGAUCAACCUGCGGAAGAUGGGGGAAGAAAGAUACAUAGUACCGUCGUCGCGUUUGAGGAGAAAUAGAGAAGGAGGCUCGAUGCAGCAGACACAGGGUAGGAAUGCGAGAAAAGCGGUAAUCGAGCAAAGGUGGAGCGAGGAGGAAUGGUAAAGAAGAGCGAAACUUGACGGGUAGCGAAGUCAAGGUGAACCCACCCCACGUUUCGACGCGUACAGGGUACUCGCGCGCUCGCCCCGGGGGUAGAGACGGUCAUUGAGAAUCUUGGCGCAACUCGGGCGACCGUGCUGGUACACUUGGAGUACCCACGAUCCGACGCGGGCAAAUCUUUCUUCGAGGGGAGAACCCGUGAGGCGAGGAACAAGGUAAAACGUUGUUACAACGACAACGAGGACAAGGAAAAGGACGAAGAGGAAGGAUGAAUCGAAGGCGCUAGGUGGGGAUCGGUGGGACAACGUAAAAGGAAGGAAGAAGGACAGUCUGUGCGGCAAAGAAGCCGAAGAAACGGAAAAGAUUGGAAAGAGAGGCGAGGAUAGAAAAGGGAAAGAGCGAAAGAGAGGGUACGACCUCGAUCAAACCGAAUCGAACGAGGAGAAAGCUAAAAAGGUUUUCGAAGCCUCUCCCUUCGCCCUCUGAAGUUAAGUUCUCUCUUUCCUCCCUGUCUGUUGCGAUACACCUGUCCUCGUUUACCUCGUGCACGCCCCGCCCCGACCAAUGGAGUGUCGAGAGGCCCGGUGACGUCAGUAAAGGUGAACCAGGAGGGCCAGUGUGGUGGUGGGGGGGGGGGGCAGGAUCAUCCACCACCACGUUCGGAGGCCGUGAGAGCUGCACGGGGGCCAGCAGCUUAGCUGGUAACCAGCACCAGCGGCCCGGCUGCCCGUUGGCCACCUUGGUGGGGGCAGGAAGAGGGGCACCCUGGACCCCGACCAGGCCAAAGGAACAACGCAGAGUACCCACACGAAACCCAUCCCGCAUUUCCCACCACUGACUCGUCCGGAAAACGUGCGCAACAGAGCUUCCGGACUGCUGCUCGGGCAUAUAUCGAGUUCAGUCAAGUGAGUCAGGUCGAUCGGGUGUUACAUCUCGAUAAAUAGUCGAUCAUUCAAAAUCCACGAUUCACAUACGGCGUAACAAAGUUCAGAUUCGAUCUUGGAGAACCGCGGUCCGGUGAAUCUUCGUUUCGAAGAGUGGGUGAAGCGUCUCGACGGUGUAUAUCUCGGUGAUGGUUCCCCUUUCGAUCUUUAAGCAUGUACGCGUCGAUGGAUGAAGCAUCGUAUCGGUAUAGAAAACUUGGUAUCGGUAUCCUGACGUAACGACACUGAUAAGUAGUAGCGAGGAAGGGAGGAUUGGGGGAGAAGGAGAUCUCCUUCGGAGAGUCGGAGUAGUGAUUAAAGGAAAAGGCGUGGAUCGUUUCGUGCCGAUUAACACACCGGUUGAUCCGCCGAUAUUUCUUAGCUUUCGCGGGUGGGUGGAUUAGACGCCAGCUACAACGAUCGCAACAACGGUGAUAAGAGUGCGCGAAGGGGGGGUGUGUGAUGCCCUGGUUAUGGUUAAGCGUGAGUGAGGUCAGUGGCAAGAGGAGGAGAAGAAGGACCGGCUGCUCGACGUCCGCGUCGCCGUCGUGGUCGUCGUCGUCGUGGUCGUCGACGUCGUCGUCAUCGUCGUCUAGGUCAUCGUCGUUCUGUCAGCCGUGGAGGAGGAGGAUAGCCGGCGGCGGUGGUGGUGGUGGUGGUGGUGAGAACUCGGUGGUACCGUCGACGUGCUCGACAACCGACGGGCUCAGCAAGGUCCGCGUACACGAGGAUCACCGACCAGUGACCAGCAGGCAGGGUCGUCCUCGAGUCAGAGCCACGUGAUUAUGGUGCACCAUCAUCAUCGUCGUCGCGGCCUUCAGGCGAGCCAUCACUGCGCGCUCAGGAGGCGAGGAACGACACCCUCGCUACUCCAGGUGUUCAUGCUGAUACUCUGUCUCUGGCUACCGGUGUUGGAUAAUAGUGGUCUCGUCUUGGCAUGCGGACCGGGCAGGGGUGGCGGGCGACGUCCGAUCCUACGGAAACUCACGCCGUUGGUGUUCAAGCAGCAUGUGCCGAAUGUCAGUGAAAACACGUUGCCAGCCAGCGGGCUUAGCGAGGGUCGAGUGUCCAGGCAUGAUUCCAGGUUCCGAGACCUGGUGCCCAACUACAAUGCCGACAUCAUCUUCAAGGAUGAGGAGGGCACUGGAGCGGAUCGACUGAUGACACAGAGGUGCAAAGAGAAGCUGAACACCCUCGCUAUCUCGGUAAUGAAUCAAUGGCCAGGGGUGAAGCUGCGGGUGACUGAGGGCUGGGACGAGGAAGGAAAACACGCAACGGAUUCGUUGCAUUACGAGGGACGUGCCGUCGACGUGACGACGAGCGAUCGGGAUCGCUCGAAAUACGGAAUGCUAGCCAGGCUCGCCGUCGAAGCUGGUUUCGAUUGGGUCUACUACGAGUCUAGGUCGCACAUCCAUUGUUCCGUGAAAUCUGAAUCCUCAUCAGCGGCGAAAUCCGGAGGAUGUUUCCCGGGCAGGAGUCUGGUGCGAACCCAGGGCGGAUCCACGAAGCGACUGGACCAGGUGCGACUAGGUGACCGCAUCGCCGCCCUCGAUUCCCACGGAGACAUCGUCUACAGCGAGGUGAUCGCGUUCCUGGAUCGCUCGCUCGCCGAGAGGAGACAGUUCGUCCAAUUAACCACGGAAUCGGGCCGGGUGUUGACCUUGACGCCUGCCCAUCUGGUACCAGUGGAGGGUAGAACAUCAACGUUCGCCGGAAGAGUGGAGCCGGGUGACAAGAUCCUGGUGAGGGAUCCAGCGGACGAGAACGAGGUCGAGCAUCGUCUACGAUGGGACAAAGUAGUCGACACUCGACUGGUCUUCGAAGAGGGCAUCUAUGCUCCUCUGACGACCGAGGGCACGGUAUUGGUCGACGACGUGGUCGCGUCCUGCUACGCCUACGUCGACAACCACGAAUUGGCCCACUUCGGUUUCCUUCCGUAUCGUGUCUGGUCUAGCGUGAAGUCCUUUUUCACUAGCAGGCUGAGCGUCGAGGACACCAGGUAUCCUGACGUCAGGCAAGACGCGAGGACGCCCGAGGAAGGCAUCCACUGGUACGCGUCCUUCUUGUACUGGCUGUCCUCCUACGUUACUCCUACCAGGAUGCUGUAUCAAUGAAACCUCUCACUGAUCGAGGAGGAUUCUUUAGUUUUCGUUGCGUGAAACGGACCGUGAAACGCGUCCAAAAAACGCCAGCCCCGUCACGUGGUCGCUUCGAGGGAGGCAGGGUGUCCUUGAAGAGGAGGAUGAGCUUGUAGAAGGAAACGUACUUAGACGUGCUAACUACAUAGUACUAGAAGACCAUCAGGUUUUGAUCUUGAAGAGACUGUUGUCGGAUCUUCGAGGAACGUACUCGAUGAGUUUGAGUAAAUCUUUGUGACGUUUGUUGGCCAGUGACCCAUCUCCGUUCACCGUGUGACGUGUAGUAUAUAUUAGGUACAUAGGACGAAUGGAAAUGAAGCUUUAGAAUUGUUUGAAAUUUUCUCACCCGGUAGCGUGUGUACAAUAAUUUCUUGUUCUUCUUCAUCGUUCUUUGACCAACGUGUCCGCGGACUGCGUUGUCUGAGAUGGAUCUGCGACGGAACCCGGUUAAAUGUGACUAAUUAAAAGGAUCGAUGGAAACGGAGGGCGGAAUGUACAGGAUGUUUAUGUAAUAGAGUUUAUUUAUGGAACAUUUUUAGUGUGAAGCGAUUUCGUUUUUUAUUAAUUGUAGUCCGGCGAAAUGCUUGAAAAGUAUUUCACGUUCAGCGUUUUUAUAUAUCGCGGAAUCUGAAGUUUGUCUUGAAAGAAUUUUCCCGUUUAAAUUGCAUGAAUGGCUUUUCCAGUUGAUGUAUUUUGGGAAAAUAUUUUGUCGGAAUGUUUACAGAUAAAUUGACGCGAGGAACACUUGCGUUUCCUCGGCUCGUUUUUAAACCGCAUUUGUAUCCCUUGCUGUAUUUAAUUCGUAGUCGAUUCUCCCCUCCCUUUGUAUAGUUGUCAUAGCGACAGAAUUUUUAUUUCGAUUGGAUUAUCACUGAUUAAUGAAUUAAGGUUGAUGACCUUCGCGCUAGAACGAUUGCUACAUUGACACCUAAGUUAUCCCUCCCCAGAAAUUGAUAUAUUAUAUAUUAUUAUAGUAAUUAUUAUUAUAUUAUUAAUAUUAUUAUUAUUAUAUUUUAUUAUAUUAUAUUAUUAUAUUAUUAUUUGUACGUAGCUCAAAAACAAAUUAUAAAUUAUGUAUAUAUAUGCCGUCGAUAGAUUGAAUUAAAUCAUUAAACACAGCACAAAUCGGUGAUUUUUUAA